AUGGCUAGCAGGGUUGCGAUCUUGGUGUCGUGUGCGCUGCUCUUGGCGGCGACAUGGCAGGGUGCGGUGGCGGCACCUCGGCUGAGGGUCGGGUACUACCAAAAGAAGUGCCCAGCGGCGGAGUAUAUCGUUAAGGGGGUCGUCAGCAAGGCCCUCAAACAGAACCCCGGCCUCGGCGCCGGCAUCAUCCGCAUGGCCUUCCACGACUGCUUCGUUCAGGGCUGUGACGCGUCGGUGCUGCUGGACCCGACGGCCGCAAACCCUCGGCCGGAGAAGCUCGGCAGGCCCAACUACCGCAGCCUGCGCGGCUUCGAGGUGAUCGACCAAGCCAAGACGGCGCUCGAGAGGUUCUGCCCAGGCGUCGUCUCCUGCGCCGACGUCAUCGCGUUCGCGGCCCGCGACUCCGCCUACUUCCUCAGCAACUACCGCAUCAACUACCAAAUUCCAUCCGGACGCUUCGACGGGAGCAUCUCGCUCGAGAGCGACACGUUCGCCUUCCUCCCCCCGCCAUUCUUCAACCACUCGCAGCUCGUCGACAGCUUCAAGGCCAAGAAUAUGAACGAGGACGACCUCGUGGUGCUCUCCGGCGCGCACUCCAUCGGCCUCUCGCACUGCUCCUCCUUCACCGACCGCCUCCCCCCGAACCCCUCCACCAUCAACCCCGCUCUCUCCACCCUGCUGCAGAGCAAGUGCCCGGUGAGCCCAAAUUUCACCAAUGACCCCACGGUGGAUCAGGACAUGGUGACACCAAACCUGUUGGACAACCAGUACUACAAGAACAUACGUAAACGCAAUGUUCUCUUCACCUCUGACGCGGCGCUGGUAACAUCGCCCCUGUCGGCGAGGAAGGUGUAUCAGAACGCUUUGUUCCCCGAGGUGUGGGAAAAGAAGUUCGAAAGGGCGAUGGUCAAGAUGUCAGCUAUCGAGCUCAAGACCGCUGCCAACGGCGAGAUCAGAAAGAACUGCAGGGUCGUCAACAAUUAGGUUUGCUGGGUGUUCACGAAUCUGCAGUUACUACAUUUGAAUGUGUGUGCACUCGCUGU